AAAGUGGAGGAAGAAGAAGCAGCAAAGCACCCACCAAUAACAAAAAUAAAAGCCGGUUCGGUUCGCAGGCACGUCAAGGAUGCAAUGCAUUGAAUAUUUUGUAUCUUUGGGAUACAAAUUAAGUUGAUUUGUUGCGCUCGCCUUGUGUGCGCUUCGUACGUCUACCACGGUAUUACGGUUCGGCUUAAAGCUGCCUGCCCGCCGCCUGUCCGUCGCCUGCCCGCUGCUUGGCCUGGGUAAUUGAACUGCAACCCAUUCCACACUGGCAAUCUGCGGCCCCGUCUUCGGCAUUGCAUUUUGUGUAUCUAGAUACCUUUGUCGGUGCCGGUGUCGCUGCCAUUACAAUUUGAUGACAGCACAGCAGAGCACAGCGCAGCACCAGCAGCGGGCAACGAGUAUCUUGGCUGCUUGUCGCUUGUCAAUCUAGGCGCUGAUAAAAAACGCAACCACGAAACAUAAACCAAGCCAGCAACAGCAACAACAACAACAGCAACAAAAUAAAAAGAAAUUAAAAAAAAAAACAAGUGCCGUGAAACGUCUGCGUAUCUUUGCUGCUUUUGGUCGCCGUGUUCAGUGAUAAAUGCAUUUCAUGCGUUCCAACUAUGUAAAUACCAAUUUAAUUUGAGUGUCUAUAGUAAAUACCAAGCCCCGCCGCACGCCCGCGCCCCUCCCCAGAUACAAAGCAAAGCGUUAAAAAAGGCAGUCACCAGUUGGAUUCGUCGUCGUCGUCGUCGUCCGACUGUGGGCUGGCCAACCAAAUAUUGAAUAUUUACACAUGCGUUGAGUGGAGUGCAUUUUCGAGUGGCUGCACUUACGAGCAUACCCCACUGUGCUCAAGGGAUAUACCAAAUACACACAUACAUACAUACGUACGUGCAUAGAGAGAGUAAUAUAUCCAGAAUCAACGUGAGUGUUUCCGUGUUUGUGUGUGUGUGUCGUGUUAUCAUAUAGUUUGCUAAUUGGCUCGCUCCGAAAGACUUCGAGACACUCGACAAAGAAUUGACUGAGGAUACCCGACAUGGAUAUGAAUAUGUUGUUAACGCUCAAUCUGGCGUUUGCUGUGCUGGCACCCAGCUUGGCCAGCUCGUCGCGAUUCAUUCAACCGCCGCAGAGUCAGUCCAUCAUUGAGAACGAUGCCGUUGACUUUGGCUGCGAGGCCACAGGACCCUCCAGCGAUUUGCACUACGAGUGGUUGCAUAAUGGUCAGCAAAUUGUGUAUGACAGGCGCGUCGCGCGAAUCGACUCCAAUUUGCAUAUCGAGUCGGUGCAACGCGAGGAUGCCGGCGAUUAUGUGUGUAUUGCAGCCAGCGUGGCCAGCGGCGCCAGGCAGGCCUCGCCUCCGGCUAAAUUGAGCGUGAUAUGUAAGUACCCAAACCCCUUUAUGACUAUGACUAUUAUGGCAGAGAGUAUGCCAAAGACUUGUGCCAAGAAAUAUUUAACUACCUUUUAA